UUCCUAGGUGCCUGAUUGCCCAGAUAAACCCAGAAGCAGCUGAGCCACUUGAGCACCCAGCUCAGGGUCCUACUGAGUGUUGUAGAAGAAAAGCUGUACUACCAGGUGCCUGAGUGCCUCAGUUACUUCUGUGGAACUCGGGUACCUAGAAGGACAGUUAAAGAAAUAGAAUGCUGGUUUUCAAAUCAGUCUUUAACUGGUAGUGCCCUCAGCUGGUUGAAACUUCCUCUGGAGAAAGAGAGAGGCAGCCUGUCCCCACCUAGUUACAGGUUCUGCUCUGCUGCUAACAUGGAAACAACCUGGUUAGUUGUCCUGCUUCGAUCAUGCGUCCAGCUCUUUGCUCUCCCUGUUUACUUGCUGUGGUACCUGGGCAUAUGGGGCCCCUUUUGCCAGAGAGCAUUCCCUUAUGCCAUGGCUGUGUUGUCCAUUGAUUAUAACAAGAAGAUGUCUGCCCAGAAAAAGGAGCUUUUCAGCAACCUGAAGGACUUUGCAAGCUCCACGGGGGUGCUCACACUACUGGAAAUUGGUACAGGGACUGGAUCCAACUUGCAGUUCUACCCAAUAGGAUGCAGAAUCACAUGCACGGAUCCCAACCCCAACUUCGAGAAAUUUCUUCACAGGAACCUUUCUCAGAACCCACACCUGCAGGUGGAACGCUGCUUGGUGGCACCAGCUGAGGACUUGCACCAAGUGCCAGAUGCAUCACUGGAUGUGGUAGUUUCUACCCUGGUCCUGUGCUCUGUGGAGAGCAUAAAAGGAGUCCUGAAAGAAGUUCUACGAGUGCUGAGACCAGGCGGCGCCUUCUACUUCAUGGAACAUGUUGCAGGUGCUCCUUCCAGCUGGAGUCUCUUCUGGCAGCAGAUCUAUGAUCCAACGUGGAAAGUUUUGUUUGAUGGAUGUCAUUUGACCAGAGAAACCUGGAAAGACCUGGAAAAGGCUGGCUUCUCAGAGCUGAAGCUACGACAUAUAUGCGCCCCUUUAAAGUGGAACCCUGCUAAGCCUCAUAUUGUUGGCUAUGCUGUCAAGUAACAAGAGAAUAAAGACUAUGACACAAGA